UUCAUGUUAAUUUUAAUCACAUUUGGCAUUUCAUAAGAUUUCAGGAUGCCUAUUAUAUAAACAAAUGAAUCUCCAUUGUGAUUAGAUCCGCCAAUAGGCCGAUUCACACAUAUGUUAAUAUUUGAGAUGCCUUUACUGGUAAAUGUACCAAAUGUGUUGUUCACACAUACUAUCAAUAAAUACAUUUAUAGGUAAUGAUGCAACUACACAUUAAGCAAAAUAUGAGCUCAGUUUGAACAUUCUACAUAACAAAUCUAUUAUUUUUAUGAGGCCGCAUUUGUCCCUGAAACAAGGGGACUUUUAACCCCAAAUACUGUCCUUUUACUUGCAUGACAGUUACUGGAAAAACGUUUAAAUGAAUCACAAUGAAUACAACUGAAAAUGACAAAUAAGUAUUUUGUCUCAAAAUAAAUGUGAUUAGCUACAUAAAUGUGCAACACUUUAAAGUGAUUGUUUGUUAUUAUAUAUUCUACACAAUGGCCUCAUUAAUCAGGAGAAUUAUGCAAUGUAUAUGCAAAGUGUUUAUGAAAGUACUGUGGCAGUUUUUGUUGACAUUUAGUGUUUUGGGAGUCCCGUUGUACCCUUCCAAUCACAAUUUGAAUAUGUUUAAUGAAUUGUACUUUUUAUUGGAAUGCAUAUUGGAAUAUGAAAGGUUUCAGCUUUCUGAGCCCACAUGCACACUCUGGAGGUUGAGUUUAAUUUCUGCUGUACUAGAAAGCAGAAAAUAAUCAUUCAAGAGUCAAGUUCACUACUAUUUAUGUCACAAAGGUUACUGCUGAUUUCAGUCUCAAUGUUUAUCAGUAUAUACAAUAAAAACAAAUAAAUUAUUUUGAGAUUCAUAAAAUAUUACAAACCACUCAAAAUCAAGACUGGUUGAUUAAGGAUAUAAUCAUAUCAAAGAAGAAGAAGAAGUAGAAGAAGAAGAAGAAAAGAAUAAGAAGACGAUGAUGAAGAAUAAGAAUAAGAUGAAGAAUAAGAAUAAGAUGAAGAAUAAUAAAAAGAAGAAGAAUAAGAAGGUGAAGAAGAAGAUGAAGAAUAAAAAGGUGAAGAAGAUGAAGAAGAAUAAGAAGAAGGUGAAGAAGACAAAUAAGAAGAUGAAGAAUAAGAAGAAGAUGAAGAAUAAGACAAAGAAGCAGAAGACAAAGAAGAUGAAGAAUAAGAAGAUGAAGAAGAAUAAGAAGAUGAAGAAUAAGACAAAGAAGAAGAAGAAGAAAAAGAAGACAAAGAAGAUGAAGAAUAAGAAGAUGAAGAAGAAGAAGAAGAUGAAGACGAAGAAGAAGAUGAAGAAUAAGAAGACGUAG